AUGAAACGGAUCUUGACGAAUUAUUCUUUUGUUCGACGUUCUUCAUCAUCACGUUCAUCUUCUUCUUCUUUACAUCAUCAUCAUAAAGCGGAACCUCUUCAACUUCAAGAUCGAUAUCAAGAUUAUCGUAAAGGGAAAGUUAUUGGACAAGGAGCCACAGCCAUGAUUCAAUUGAUGGAAAUCCCACAUUGUCCAGCAUGGAUUCCUUUGGAAAAAACUCAACAGUCAAAUAAGAAAACCGUGGUGGCUAUCAAACAAUUCCGAAAACGAGACCGAGAUGAAACCGAAAAGGAUUAUCAAAAACGCAUGACAAGUGAAUUUUGUAUCAGUAAAGCCAUUCGCCAUCCUCAUAUUGUGGAAAUGUUUGAUUUAGUUAAAGAUCAUAAGAAUCGUUGGUGUACUAUUAUGGAAUAUUGUUCGGGAGGGGAUGUAUUUACUAUUCUUUCUUAUUUUGAUCUUGAAGAUAAUGAAAUUGAUUGUUUAUUCAAACAACUUUUAUUGGGUUUGGAUCAUAUGCAUCAAUGUGGUGUAGCUCAUAGGGACAUCAAACCGGAAAAUUUGGUAAUGACAGCCGAAGGAGUAUUGAAGAUCACUGAUUUUGGUGUGGCGGAUGUGAUUCAAUCAUGUUUCGACAAGACAGCUAGAACAAGUCAAGGUAAAUGUGGAUCGGAACCUUACUGGCCACCGGAAUUAUUCUCGAGUCCAUCUGACUAUAAUGGUAAGGCACUGGAUGUGUGGAGCGUGGCGGUGACCUGGCAUUGCAUGACAUACCGACAAAUCCCGUUUUUACAAGCUAACCGGACGGACCCGAAAUACUGUGAUUAUGUGGAUGGUCAACGACAACAACGUUCUUGGUUACCUCUCUCGAAUUGUACAAAAGAUGAAAAGGAUUGUUUGUAUGGUCUGUUUGAUCCUGAUCCCCAACAACGUUGGACUAUCCGUCAAUGUCUCGAAUCCCCUUGGUUACAAGCCAUCCAAAUUUGUCAUCAUCAUGGACCUUCCUACCAUCGACAUCAUUUGAAAGAUGACAAGGAUCAUAAACUGGCAAAGAAGAAGAAACAAUAA